AUGGAAUCUGAGACAAUCCAAGUGGAUGAUGGCGCCUCCUUAGCAUCAUCCAACGCCAGCGAAGCAGAGCGAGAAGCAACAGGUAUUCCCCGCAACAUACGAAUAAAAAUUCAUCAGCGUGAAAAUCUUUUAACACGCUUGCGUUCGCUGCAUCUCGGUGUUAUCGAUGGAGAAACUUCGUCGUUGCGUCAACUUACGGCGAAAUUGGACUUGGUAGAGCGCCAAUACAGUGCGCUGGACACAUUUCAAACACAAUUAGAAGAGCUUGAUGAAUCUCAACUAAACGAAAAUCAUCGUGGGAUUCUUGAAGAGAGUUAUGUCGAGGCGAAGGCUGCAAUUCUCGAAUUCUAUGUUGAAAGAAUCCAACCUUUGAGUCAUAUGAGCAGCACACAUGUGGAGCGCCAACCCACACAUCGCAUCAAUUUUCCGAAAUUGCAGUUAACGAAAUUCAGCGGGAAGCAGUCGCAGUGGUUGGACUUCUACAAUGUCUUCACCACACUUGUGCACAACAACAAAGACUUGACAGAGGUUGAAAAAUUUCAGUACUUACGGUCGUGCCUCACUGACGAAGCCUCGCGACUCAUACAAUCACUCGAAGUAACAAACAACAACUACAAUGCAGCGCUGGAGCUCAUAAUCAGUCGGUUCAACAACAGCCGGUUAAUCUCCCAGUCACAUAUGCAGCAAAUUUGCGACCUCUCGAAUUUGUCGUCAUCGAAUACCUCAUCGCUUCGCAACUUCAUCGACACCAUUAAUGUCAAUCUUCGGGCCAUGCAGUCGCUAGCGUCUUCGGAACAAAUCGGUGAAGCAGUUUUGUUACACGUGAUAACAAGCAAGCUAGAUUCAUCUACUCGCACAAAAUGGGAAGAAGAAGUGGCCAUCAAGUGGAAUUGCAGAAGCUCAUCACCCUUACAGAUACCAACUUGGGCAGACCUCGCUACAUUUCUUGAGCGUCGCUGUCAGACAUUCAACAUGCUUGAAAUCAACAAACCAGCCAACCAGUCGUCAACCUCUGUGAAAAACACAUUCAAAUAA